UCGCCUGUAUUUGUUCCCAGACAUCAUCAUCAUCAUCACAGCACGGAGGGAGUAGAAGCCAUAAGAUGAAGAAACGCUAUGUGGACGCGAGCAGGCUACGGAAAAUGAAAAAACUGAAAAUAACGGAGAAGCUGUCUGAGAGUGCGUACACCUUCCUGAAGUUUAUGAUGAUGUGGACACUGGUGUUGCUGGCAGAUUUCAUCCUUGAAUUCAGACUGGAGUACCUGUGGCCAUGCUGGCUCUUCUUCGGGAGUGUAUACACCACUUUCCACUGCCACGGGCUGGUUAUUUGUAUUGUUUUUGUUUGUGCUGCCUUCACUCUUGAUAUCUUUUGUUUGAUUUUUGUUCCUUUGCACUGGCUGUUCUUUGUGGCGAGCACCUAUGUAUUAUUCAAUUACAUAUGGCACACAGAGAAGGGCAUCUGUAUAUCGACAGUUACCCUGUGGAUUCUGCUUGUCUACACAGAGGCUUCACUUCGACUCAAAGACCUUAAAACUUCUCAUGCCAACCUCUCUCAUCUUUUUGCUGCACACUGUAUUGGAUAUCCUGUAGUAUAUUUGGGGUUUGAUGCCACCUGCUACUUCACCAACAUCUUUAAGCUGCGCAUACAGAAAGCUGUGCAGAGUGAGAACGACUUCCACAUGCACCUCCUGCAGCACUCGCUCCCUCCAGGCCUGCAGGUUUUCCCCAAGACUGGCACAGAUGGCAGCAGCAACUCGAAAUGGAAGAUAAAGCCAGAGUCAAGUCAGUAUCAGUGUCAGAACGGUGCUGUAGUGACCCAUGACGAGGUACACACUGUGGAUUGCCUCCAGAUCUGCAGCGAGGAGAGAGCAACAGAGAAGGGAACACAGGAGGUGAAGUCAACUGAAUCAAACCGACGGCCAUCAUCAUCAUCCAAACACAGUGUCAGUGAGUCCAGAGAUUUGCUCCACAGUGGGGCAGGAGGACCAGAAUCCUCUACAACCCCAGAUAAUCUACCUCAAGAGGAGCAGGGAAGCAAAGCCACACGGGCAGCUAAAAGCUCCUCGCCGAAAGCUCGCAGGGGCAGCACAAACACGCCUUCACCACCUGCAGCGAGGACUGAGAAGAAACAGAGAUCCAGCUCAAAAACAGUCAGCCCCAACCGGGAUGUGACAGACAAGAAUACCACAGCAGCUCAGAAUUACCACGCCGAACAGAUGAGCAAGCUGGAGCAGGAGCUGAGGAGGCUGAAGGGUGAGCUGCAGGCGACCAGGCAGAGCGAGCAGGAGCUUCGAAGUCACGUCUGCAACUUAACAAACAGCGAGAGGAGCCUGAGACCAGAGGUUUCCCUGCUCAGACAGUCCAACAUGCUGCUCCAGAGCAAGAUUCUGUGUUUGACUAAAACCAAGCAGCGUGACAAACAGACCAGUGUGAUGCUGGAGAAGAAGACCAGAGCAGAGACGGAGGCCAGACUCUCUGCUGAGAAACAGUUGGCUGAACUUCUGGCUCAGAAACUGGAGGAGGCAGCCAGCACAGCAAGGAGCCUAUCAAACAGGCAGGAACACUCUGAAACCCAAAUGUUAAGGAAAAGAGUUAAAGAUCUAGAGACAGAGUACAAACAACUACAGCUGGAGUAUCAAGUGAAAGAGAGUCGGGUGGUAGAUCUAGAGAGUGAUGUUGAGGCUUUGGGAAAGUACCGCUGUGUGGAGAAAGAGACGGACAUGCUGCUGUCCACUCUGUCAGCCAUGCAGGAGAAAGCUCAGCAUCUGGAGUACAACCUGAGCGCUGAGACUCGCAUCAAACUGGACCUGUUCUCUGCUCUGGGAGACGCCCGCAGACAGCUGGAAAUCGCUCAAGAUAAAGUGAUGAAGCAGGACCGGGAGAUAAGUGAGAUGAAGCAGAAGAUCGCGGAGGUGAUGGCCGUCAGCCCCGGUGUUUCCUACAUGGCACCUCGGCCUCCGGUGCCACAGUAUCUCACCAAGUUACUCAACUCUGAGCGCUACAUGCUGAAUCCACGAGCACUGAUGUACCAGUGUCUGAAGAAAUAAAGGAUGCCAGAUCGUCAGACCUCCUCGUCAGACCCACCCAUCCUAAAGCAUGAGAGGGAGGGGUUUUAUGGAUUUCAUUACAGAGCUAAAUGACACCACAAAGUCAUCUACUUCUUGCCAUGGGUGGAACCAGAACGAGCCUCCAAAGGUUGAAUGCCUUCAGCUGCACUGAUGGUGCUAAGUUGACAUGGUUCUGUAUAUUUCAUGUUUCCUCCCACAGGGAAGGUUGAAGAGUUUCACUCCAAAAUUAUUUAUCUGAUAUGCAGAGCUGCUGUAGGCACAAGUUUUAUUUGAAGAUACACCCGUCCUAACAGUGUAAACCAUCUAAUUGGGAUGCAGGAGAAAAAGCACAUCUCUAAUAGUUUAAACAUUAGAGGUUUUUGGUGCUUUUUACACAAGAGACAAGUGAAUAAAUGAAGUGUUUCCUAAAUAGCUGUAAAUGUUUUGUCUGAAAAGCUGGAUCCAUGUCACAGUUUUCUGGUUAUUUAAGUUCAAAAUCUGCAAGUAGAUAAAUCUCACUGCCCUACAGACCCACUAACAAGUCACCUACUGCAGCUUAAAAUACCUGAAGACAACUCUGUACAAUGUGGUUCCUAGCAUGAAAGUAAAAUUAACCAUUCAAUGUUAUUCAAAUCUUAUUCUAAGUAUUAUUAUUCUUAUUCUUAUUAUCAUUAUUAUACAAAUUAGUGAGAUUUCAAGAAAUAUAAUCACCUUUGUUUUAAUUAUUAUUACAGAAUUAUCUUGAUCUGCAGUGAUACUGAUAAAAUCUUUCAAAAUAACAUGGUCAAAUUUUAGCUGAUUCCUGAGUCAAAUGAUUUUUGGUACUUAUUAGAAGAAAAUGAUCUAAUAUGCCUUUUUACUUGUCAUAAUGGGAAGAGGACAGGCAUUAUUAAUAACAUGAAUGAUGGCUCUGUUCUGUUCAAGUGUCCCAGUAAGCUUUGACAGAGUGACAGUGAGCCAGCAUGCACGAUACCAGGACCCUGAAACUGGAGCAGCUAAAUAGAAUUCAGUCAUUAUUAAUUACACGUCUGCUUUUCCUACUGUGACAUGUCAAAAUGUCUUCUCUGGAAAAAAGGCUUAUUAAUUAAAAUGUAUGUUCUUAAGUGUUUAAGAUUUCAAGCUGCAACAGUUAGAUGUGAAAACUGUGGACCAUAUCUCAGUUCAUGUCAUACUCUAGUAUGAUUAUAGAGAAAUGAUAUUAUAAUAAUGAAUUAUGUCCUAGCCCUAGUUAGUUCUGUUUAUGGACUUCCAUUUAAUUUAAAAUUUAAAGUACACAUUAAUUUGAUAAAAUUGAAAUAUACUACAGACAAGUCUCUUAAAGCAUAAAUCAAAUUAUUAUCUGACAACAUUAGCAUAUUCUAUUUUUUUUAAGUAUGCAACAGGAUGUUAUUGUCGGUGCCUGUAAAUACAGGAUUAAAAUUAUUUGAAUUGUGCUGAAAUUCAGACAAAAGUCAUGGGUUCAUUAAAACAACACUUUUUAAAUCUAAAUUAUACCAUUUUUUGGAAUGAGACCCUUCAGAGCAGGAAUAUUUCUAUUUAAGAGGUGCCAUCGUGUUCUGAAAUUUCUAGACUACUCUGUGGAAGUUUCCUGUGGACAGUAAAUGAUGUGAGUGACCUGAUGAUGUUGAGGAGAUGCAGUAAAAGGAGCUCACUGUGAGCGGUGGUUAUCUCUGCUUGUUUCCACUGACAGCUAAUAACUACAUUUUAAUGCAUGGCAGCUCUCUGCUUCACAGCGGCAAACUCUGAGAAAAGAGAGAGUGUGAAAAAGUGAAGUGACUUUGGUUGGUUGGCCAGAAUUCGACUUUGUCCAUGACUUAAAGUGGAGUUGUGAAUAACAAGGAAUGGUGUUGGCCAAACAUGGUUCAUGAAUUUAAUUACUGUGCCUAUAUACAUUACUUUCAAACUGGGAAGUAAAACACAAAUUUAAUGUGAAAGAGUAAUGUGUUUGA